GACAUACUCCUUCCCUCAAUCACAAAUAGAAUCACGCCUCACACAUCUUCCUCCUUCCCUCUUUCCCUCUCUUCUCCCUUUCCUACUUGUGUGCCGCCAGCUGCUGCCUCAAGAGGCUGCCUACGGAGCCCCAGCAGCCGCCUCCUCUCUUCCUCAACCAGCAGCAGUCGCACCUCCCCUCUUCCCCGGCAGCCGCCGCCUUGUUCCCUUUGCAAGCAGCAGCUAGGGCUGCGUUUUCUUUCCCCAAACAGCAGCAACCACUUCUCCUCCUUCCUUUAUUGUUGUUCAAGAUUGCAAGGUCCUUCAAUGGUGAUUGAGUUUGAUCACAGAUCGGAACCGGUCGGGAACGAUGGGUUAACGGUGUUGAAUAGCGUUCCAAGGAUGUAUAUUGAGCUGAGCACGUAGGAAUUUAUAAUUUUGUAUUAGGUUUUUGGAUAAAUGUAUAUUUGUUUCGGUUGUGCUGGUUAUAUCGGUCUUGUAGAGAAUUGUAUGAUUAUCUUGUGUACUAGUUAGAUGUUGGCUUUGGGAUUUAGCUGAGUUAGUCACGUUGAAGAGCUUGUGUUCCCUUGCUUGAGUUUUGGAAGUGUUAUUUCAGUUUCUUGGGAAACGAAUCCAGUGAUGACCCUGUUUACCUAGUCAACGGUAACUCGGGUUGUUACAACUCAAUCCUUUUUGUUGCAAGAACAUUUUUUUCUAAGGAUUUUUCUGGAUCUCGAGUCGAGGGACUCUUUGCUGGCUGCAUUCUUUUUUAUAGGUAUGAGUUGCCACCUUAUUUCUCUCCAGACAUGAGCUAGAAUACAAUGAGUACGAUAAUGAUGAUGAAUAGAAACGCUAUAAAAAAUAAAAAUAUUGUAAAGUUAAAGAAACAUACUACAAUGAAAAGCACGACAUUUUAAUAAGAAUAAAAGAAGUAAAGAUUUUAGAAAAUUAAUAAUUGAAUGCUUAAUUAUUUAUAAUAGCAUUUUUCAACUUGUAAAAAUAUUAUUAGGCAUAAUGUAAUAAAAAAUUAGUGCACACUAAUUUUAAUGUACAAUUCAACCUCUACUCCUCUGCCGUAUUUACUCAUACGCCUCGCUCUCCACCCUACUCGGGACUAAACGAACGACUAGGAGACUAAGGUUGAGGAGGUUCUAGAAGAACAGAGUAAAGCCGAAAGCUUACGAAAAUGUCGAAUUUCUCAACCUUUGAUUACCAACAGCUGACUGAGUUAUCUCAAACAAUUCGGGAAUUACUCUCAACAACACCUUAUAAUCCUCCUCAAUCUCACGAUGUUUCCAUCAAAUCACUCAUCGAAUCGCUUCUUCCUCCCAAAACCAUUGAGAAAAGCAAUACAUUUUUCUCUCAACCUCAAGUUAGGGAUUUUUCAAUGUGUUGCGCAUUACUGUCUUCUGCAAUCGAUUCAAACUCGCCGUACACUAAUUGGAUACCUCAACAACUUUCAAUCGCUGCAAAUAACGCUUUUCGAGCUCUUUCGAAAGCGAUUUAUGGUGAUUCUGAUGAGCUUUUGAGUUCCGAGAAGAAAUUGGUGAUUGAAUUGAUGCCGGAGGUUCUUCCUUUGAUUAAUAAUACGAUUAAGGAAAGCUCGACUAGUGGCUCGGAUGAUGGAGAUGAAAUUACUGCAGCGUCGGCUAGGGUUCCUCUUGGUUACGCCAUUGUUGCUGCUUAUCAGUUUAGAUGGUUUGUUUCACAGGUGGAUUAUCCACAUUUGGGGAAGGUUUGUGGUUUGGUUAUUCCUUGUGGACUUACAACUCUUGAUCACUGGUCUUCUGAAGUGAAAGGGCAGGGAAUGAUCAGCUUCAUACAUCUAGCUAAAAAUGUUAAUGUGGCUGAGCUUGGUGGGUUUGGAGAUGUGAUUCUUGAUGCAUGCUGUCAAAAUAUUGUUUCUAGUGAUGAGAUAUGGCAACAUGCUGUUGAGAUGUCAGUACUAUUUGUGACUUCAUUGCAGAAAAAAAACCCUCGCAGCACAUGGUUUGAGAAGCUAUUGAAUGAAAUGCUAGGUCAUUUGGAACGCCAACCAAGGGACAAAGAGCGGCGUAUUAUAUGGCUGAGACACAUAGAUCCACUCUUCUCCUGUAUGGGUCUUGUUCUGCUAGCUCACUUCAGACGUUUGUUUCCCCUUCUCUUCCACUGGAUUCACGCUGAUGAUAAUGAAACUGUUCUGUUGGUACUUGAAAAGAUUCGUGCAAUUGUGAAGUUGACAUGGAUAAGAAGUAGCCCUCACACUGUAAGACUAGUAGAUGAACUAGCCAUUUUAUACAAAGAGGCUGCUAUGAAGACUGCUCGUGAGGAGAUAAGAUCACGUAUCUGUCAGAUAUUUAUCCUACUUCAACAAUGCAAAGGGCUGCAUUUCAACACGACUUGGGAAAAGUACAAGGAUGAUCAAAACUUGAGGACUCUUGUUCAGUCCAUUGCUGGAAAUGCCACCACAGUUACUCAAUGAAACAUUAGUUGGUACUAUCAGGGGCAUGAAGUGUUGAUCACAAAACAUGAUAACACCAAUGUUUACGCAUCAUUUGAGACUUCUGAUUUCGAAUGUUCCGGAGAGUUUGGAGCAGUUAACCCAAGCUUCAUAAAGAGCCUUCUGUUGAUUGAUUAAUCGGGAUUUAGCGUUCUAUGAUAUCAUAUGAAGAGACUACUGUUGCUAAGCUGUGAAGGAGAUCUUUAAUAAUCUGCCAACUGUCUGACUGCCAAGUACGUUCUGCAAUUCUUCAUCAUCUUCAUGUACUGAAUACUGAAGUACUCCGAUUGCUAUGCCAUAGUUCUGUAGUUACAAUGAGAGUAAGCAGCUUACUACUGUCUCAAGUUGUCAGUGGAUUCCUUAAUGUAUAGAGGAAAUUUCUUUCAUAACAUUGUCUAUUUUGGUACAUGAAACUUCUUUUAUUGAAUUGAGUUUAAUCCCUUCAGUUGAA